UGAUUCUCGGUGCAGAAACGACCAUUCAAUUGCUCUCAAAGCAACAACACCAAUCGCACGUCGCUGCCCUCAACCUCAUCACCAGAACCGACUCCCCGUCAAUUGAACUCGCACGCAGUCAAAAUGUCCGACGAUCAGGAGCUCGUUACCAAGCCUUUCAAGUUCGUCACUGCUGGCACCGAUGCCCGCUUCCCGAACAUGAACCAGACCAAGCACUGCUGGCAAAACUAUGUCGACUACCACAAGUGCAUCAACGCCAAGGGCGAGGACUUCGCCCCCUGCCGCCAGUUCUGGCUUGGCUACCGCUCUCUGUGCCCCUCCGGAUGGUACACCCGCUGGGACGAGCAGCGAGGCUGGCAACUUCCCCGUCAAGCUCGACGCAUAAGCCAUGUUGGACCAGGUUGCGAGCAGCUGAGGCAGAGGAGUCGGGCGACUGUAUUACUUCGAGAUGGAUCAAGAUCUCAAAUAGAGCAUCGCAAGAUGUGUCAUGCGACGAAGCUGAGGGCGCUUUCGGGCGUCGAAUAUGAUUUCGUGAAAACUACCUGUAGUGUCCACCCAUAUGAUGAUUUGUAGACAGAAUUUCCCGACUUGCUAUAUUAUCCCAUUGACCCGGUUCUCCGGAAACUCCGUUCGCUCUCCCCACUGACCCAAAACUCCUUGCG